ACAAAUUCCUGACAGACUCACUAGACUGUGAGUGUUUAAACCGUUCAUUCAUGUUGUCUGGUGGUUUUCUGUGUGUUCUUGUAGGCUCCUUGCUGGGACUAAGCCACAGUGAUGUGGUGUCUGACUUUAGCGAUGAGCCUGAGUGUAUAAAGUACUUCUACAAAGGGAAGGUGCCUCAGUGGGGGUCGGACACACCCGGCGCUACCCAUCUCUGCCAGCGCUUCCAGAACCGGUUUCAUUUUGCCACGCUGUAUGACACACACCAUCGCAUUGCUGUCUACUCGGCAUACAUUUUUGAGCCCAGCAGCGGUGGAGGCAGAGAGAAGCGCUGGUUUGUGGAGCCCCAGUUGGUGAAUCAGAACUGGGCAGGGGAAAUGAGAGAGGGAUACUGGCUUGGACAGGACAAUCCUGGUGUCUACUUGGGCGAGAGACAGGCUCUGAAUGAGGAUUUCACGCACUCAGGGUUUGAUCGUGGUCACCUCAAUCCUAAUGGACACCAUGCAGUGCCGAGCCGUAAUGCUACGUUCACCCUCACAAACGUGGUGCCUCAGAACCCAAAACUGAACCAGAAAUCUUGGGCCAAUCAUGAGUCCACGCUGGCGAAGAUGUUCAGCACUCAGUGUGACAAGGCCUACGUGCUGGUCGGUGCCAUUCCCUCUGCUGACAACUGGAUCAUCAAGAAUAAUGUUAAACGUGUCAAUAUCCCAGAAUACAUGUGGAAUGCUUACUGCUGCAUUGAUAGCAAUGGCUCUCCCGUUCGCAGUGGAGCUGCAUUCGCCCUCAACACUGAGCAGAACCUCGUUGAGCAGUGCACGCUGAGUGAAAUGGUUAGCUUCCUCCAGCAAUACUCCAACACACCAGUAGGAGAGCUGUUCCAAAAUCAAUGCCAGUAACAGCUUCCCAUACUGCUUAUUCACUUUUACAGCUUGACAUGGGAUAGCCAGCAGAAAUCCAUCUAAAUUGUAUAUCUGUUUACCGGUUUUGGUAUUUUUGGUGAGCCACAACUAAACCUUGAUCCUCCCUGUCCAGUAAAAACAAUAUUAAAAAUAAUCAUACAGACACAA